AUGACAAGCUCUCAUUGUCCGGCGCCGCCAUCUCCCUUCCAACUCUCCAGGGCGAACCCAAUGGAGCGGCGGAAGAUGCUCGCGGACCUCCUCCGGGCGAGCGCGAGGGGCCCGGACCUCCGCGGCGGCGCGCAGCUCCACGGCGCGCUCACCAAGCUCGGCUUCGGAUCCGACACCAUGCUCGGCAACAACCUGGUCGACAUGUACGCCAAGUGCGGCCGCCUCGACGCGGCCGGCCAGGUGUUCGACGGAAUGCCCGAGAGGAACGUGGUGUCCUGGACGGCGCUCAUGGUGGGAUUCCUGCAGCAGGGGCGCGCCGGAGAGUGCCUCCGGCUCUUCGGGGCGAUGCGGCGGGUCUCGGAGGUCCCGCCGAACGAGUUCACCCUCUCGGCGACCCUCAAGGCAUGUGGCGUCGUCGGCGACACGGGCGCCGCCGUCCGUGUCCACGGGGCCUGCGUCAGGAUGGGGUUCGAGGGGCAUGGCGUCGUCGCCAACUCGCUCGUGCUCGUGUACUCCAAGGGCGGGAGGAUCAGCGACGCGCGGCGGGUGUUUGAUGGCGCUGCUGCGUUCAGGGACCUCGUCACCUGGAACGCCAUGAUCUCCGGCUACGCGCACGCCGGGCGUGGCAGGGAUUCGCUGCUCGUCUUCCGGGAGAUGCAGCGACGAGGUGACGAGGAUUGUCAGCCUGAUGAGUUCACCUUCGCCAGUUUGCUGAAAGCUUGCAGUGGCCUAGGUGCUGCUCGCGAGGGCGUGCAGGUUCACGCAGCCAUGUCGGUCAGAGGUGUCUUCACGGCGUCCAAUGCAAUCCUCGCUGGUGCGCUGCUUGAUGUGUACGUCAAAUGCCGGUGCCUGCCGGUGGCGAUGCAGGUGUUCGAUCGGUUGGAAAGGAAGAAUGCCAUCCAGUGGACAACGGUGAUCAUCGGGCAUGCACAAGAAGGGCAGGUGAAGGAAGCAUUGGAUCUGUUCCGGCGGUUCUGGAGCUCCGGCGUCCGUGCUGAUGGGCAUGUCCUCUCCAGCGUCAUCGGUGUGUUUGCAGACUUCGCCCUCGUGGAGCAAGGGAGGCAGAUGCACUGCUACACGGUGAAGAAUCCAACAGGGAUGGACGUGUCAGUGUCCAACUCCUUGGUCGACAUGUACCACAAGUGUGGGCUGACCGACGAGGCAGAGCAGCGGUUCUGGGAGACGCCGAUGAGGAACGUCGUGUCAUGGACAGCGAUGAUCAAUGGCCUCGGGAAGCACGGCAAUGGCCGAGAGGCCAUUGCCAUGUUCGAGAAAAUGCGAACGGAAGGCGUCGAGCCUGACGAGGUGAGCUACCUGGCCCUCCUGUCAGCAUGCAGCCACUCUGGCCUUGUUGAGGAGUGCCGCUGCUACUUCUCAGUGAUCCAACAGGACCGGCGGCUGAGGCCGAGAGCAGAGCACUACGCGUGCAUGGUCGACCUCCUCGGCCGCGCUGGGGAGCUCGCGGAGGCCAGGGACCUCGUUGCGACGAUGCCGAUGGCACCCACCGUUGGCGUAUGGCAGACGCUGCUCAGCGCCUGCAGGGUGCACAAGGACGUCACCACAGCCAAGGAGGCAGGCGAGGCCCUCCUGGCCAUGGACGGCGACAACCCGGCCAACUACGUGAUGUUGUCCAACAUCUUUGCCGAGGCAGGGGAAUGGCACGAGCACCAGCAGGUGCGCGAUGCCAUGCGGCGCAGAGGCCUGCGGAAGCAGGGCGGAUGCAGCUGGGUGGAGGUCGGGAAGGAGGCGCACUUCUUCUACGGUGGCGGCGACACCACCCACCCGCGCGCCGCCGACAUCCACCGCGUGCUCCGCGACGUGGAGAGCAGGAUGAGGGAGCGGCUCGGGUACAGUGCUGGGUCGCCGGCGCACGCGGCGGCGCUGCACGACGUGGACGAGGAGUCGCGCGCCGAGGGCCUGCGGGCGCACAGCGAGCGGCUGGCCGUGGGGCUGUGGCUGCUGCACCACGGUGAGCGCCACCGUGGCGACGGGGAGGAGGAGGAGGAGGAGGGGGGGAGGAGGGAGGUGAUCAGGGUGUACAAGAACCUUCGGGUGUGCGGCGACUGCCACGAGUUCUUCAAGGGGCUGUCGCGGGUGGUGGGGCGGGCGAUGGUGGUCAGGGACGCCAACCGGUUCCACAGGUUCCAGGACGGCGCAUGCUCCUGCAAAGACUACUGGUGA